AUGGAAGAAACAAAAGAAGAGAUUUCACAAAUUGAUGGUUAUGGUGAAGUCACACAAUGCAAACAGACAGUACAAGUACAGGGUGCAAAGAAAGCUGCAUUUUUACAGAUUGAUGAGUCAUCUCAAUAUUCAGAGUGGCAAGAUUCACAGGAAAGUCCAUCAAGAAAAAGGAAAAUGUCACUGAAUUCUUUUCUGGAAACAGUAGAUAUAAGUCCUGUGAAAAAAACGUUAACUGUUGACUUUGAUCUUGCAUCUGAGAGGACAAAAAAUGAUCAUGUCAGGAAAGCAAAAAGAAUAAUGCACAGUGUACUUGGUAUAUUGGUUCCACAACAGGAAUCACUAUUUGAGGAGGUUCUAUAUGAAUCUAAUGCAUACAAAGAUCAGACUCUUGAGUCAUUUUCAAAAGCAUAUAGCAGUAUGUCAAGUUGGGGAACACAGAGACAAAUUCUCUCUCUUCUAGUACAAGAUUACAGUUACAAUCAACUCAAAGACUAUAUUCCAGAUUUAUCAAGAUACAAAUUUUCAUCUGCUCGUAAACAUGCUGAGGUUGUUGGUGUUGGCAAGCCAGUUUUACAGAAUAAACAAUUUAGAGAAAAGGCUACUAUUCAACAGAUAGAAAACUUUUUAGAGUUCAUACUUUCACCAGCUAUAAUGACUGAUUUGCCAUUUGGAGAAUGCACUUAUAAAAUCUCAUCUGGUAUUACACUCAAAGUUCCUAAGAUUAUUCUAAAUAGUGUACGUACAAGAACAGUAACACUGUAUUUAAAGUAUUGUGAAGAAACCCAGAACGCUGAUAUUCUAUCUGAAAGGACUUACAUGAGACUGCUUGAAGCCAUUGAGCCUAAUGUGAGAAAGUCCAUGAAAGGUUUAGACAAUUUUGCUGCUGAUGGUAGCCAGGCUUUCGAUAACCUGAAAAGUGUGGUAAUGACAUUAGGAAAAGGAGGUAAAGGACAAGAAUGGGCAGAAAAGGUCAGCAAGCAGCUCAUGGAAGGGAAGCAGUAUUUAAAACUGCACUACAAGUUACAUGUUAGUUUGGACUCAGAAGUUCCUGAUCAUUGUGGCAGAUUUGGCCUGUCAUCUGAAGAAAACAGUUUCUGUAGUAAAUGUACACAUACCCAUCAUCUUUCUUGUAAUGACUGUGAAGCUCUGACCACAACUUUGAAAUUGAUAGAGGAUGCUGCAGAUAGCAUAACAUAUACAAACCAAGAACAACAAGAUGACACAAAAUACAUUAUUGUACAGGGUAUUAAAACAAUUAUAGAGUGGAAGAAACACAUUCUGAGAUCUGUCAACCAAGACAGGGCAAGGGGGAAAGUUUUAGACACAUUGCAACCAAAUGAAGCUUUAAUUGAAAGAGACUGGGCAAUGAAAUUUCUUCCAUUACAGUAUAGAGAAUCUCAGUCUAAUUGGUUUGCCAAACGUGGUCUUUCCUGGCAUGUCAGUGUCAUAACAUUCCAAGAAAAAGAAGGAAAAAACAGUUUGACAGUUCUGCACAUCUUUGAUACUGCUACGCAAGAUGCUGUCACUUCCAAUGCUAUAUUGAAAGACCUACUACACCAUGUUAAUUCCACUAACAACAAUGUUGACACUCUGUAUUUAAGAUCGGACAAUGCUGGAUGUUACCAUUCAUCAUAUGGCAUAUUGUCAGUCACUGCUCUGAAUGACAAUCCGUAGAAUAUAACAGUAAAUAGGAUGGACUUUUCUGAUCCACAAGGUGGAAAGUCAAUUUGUGACAGAAAGGCUGCCCAUGUCAAAGCAUGCAUAAGAAGAUAUGUAAAUGAAGGCAAUAAUGUAAUAACAGCUAUAGAAUUCAAGUCAGCUGUAGAAAAAACAAUGAAAAAUGUUAAAGUAGUUGUUGCAUUGCCACCUAGUCCCAUCAAAAGUUCAAAAACAUCCAAGAUUGAAAAUAUAAGUUUUCUGUACAAUUUUUUCUUUUCAAACAAUGAAAUUACAGCUUGGAAGCAAUUCGAAAUUGGCAUUGGCAAAGUUUUCUCUUCCAAAUCUUUAAAUGAAAUUCCAUCUCUUGUUAAAAAAUGUGAAAGUACUGUGAUAUGGAGAAUCAUUGCUCAAUCAUCCUUGAAUACAAGCAUUCCAGUACCUGUAACUAGAAAUGAAGAGCUCGAAGAAGAAGACAACAUUUGUAGUAAUGUAUUUACAUGUCCUGAAGACGGUUGCAUUGCAACAUUUUUGAAAUAUGGACAAUUAUGUAACCACCUCGACAGAGGUAAACAUACCUUCCCUAAGAAUAAUUUGAAUAUAAAGGAGCGUACACAAAUCACACAUGCUUCUUUAAUGGAAAGCAAAAGUUCUGCUGAAAAAGUACUUCAUUCUGGUACAACACAUGCAUUACAAGCAGAAUCUACAUUAAAGAAAGGAUGGGCAUUAAAGAAUAAGCGAGAGGUAAAGAGAUUUUAAAAAGAGCAAAUAGAAUACAUGACAGAGAAAUUUCAGUUUGGUGAAUCUACUGGAUAUAAGUGUGACCCAGAUGAUGUGGCAAAAGAGAUGAGACAUGUAAAGAACAGUAAGGGCAUCCGGAAAUUUCAACUUGAACACUUUCUUUCUCCUUCUCAAAUUGCUAGUUUUUUUAGCAGGCUUUCACUAAAAAAAAGACAAGCAUCAAAUACUGUUUAUGACGAUUGUGAUAUGAUAGCAGAAGAACCAAGAACUGAGAUGUCUCAGCUAACUGUAUUAGCAAAUACUGUACAGUAAACAUUUAACAUUUUUGGUCUUUUUCCAAUACCUCUGAUCUGAUUGAUACAUGUAGUUUAAAUUAAAAAAAAUCUUCUCUAUAAAUGCUUAAAAAAUAUUACUUUAGUUUGUUUGAUGUAAGUUUAACAUUAAGUAGCAAAUAUCUGAUUUGAAACUUUCAUCUUUUUUGUGAAAAGCUCUAGAUCUGACAUCAAAAUAUCCAGUACCACAGCCUUUUCCUAUACAUGUAUUUUGAAUAUUAAAAAAAUCAUACCCUUAUAUAUAUAUAUAUUUAACCAACAAUAGACCUAUAUAGCAUUAUUUCACUUCUUCAUGGAAAGAUAUCUAACAAAUAUCUGAUGUAAUUAUCACUGAGGUUAAAAUUGCAAUUUUAGAAAAUAUUCAGUUGAAUAAUUAGUAGAUGAUGAAUUGACCAAAAACCUGAUCAACUAUCUGUCAAAAAAUUACCUGCCCUUAAAUAUAUGUAAUACAAAGCUAAUUCACUCCCACUAUUAUUAUGAAUACAAAAACGGAAUAAUACAGCCUUCAACAAUAGACAUGAGUUUACUAAAUAUAUGAAGAUCUAAACCAUUUACAUAAAUUGUGAAUGAACUAAGCAGAAACAACUUUAAGUCCCAAUUGAUGUAAAACUGAUGCUAUAAUAUAGUAUCAUCUGAUGAUGCAAUUUUAAGGUAUUUAUGUAAUUUGAUGUUUGAUCAAGCUGGUUUUGGUAAAACAAAUACAUUUUUGUGCAAUGAACAUGUGCACAUGCCAUGGCUUAUUUUGUCUUGAUUUUUAAAAGAAAGUGGUACAAUCUCGUGUUUGUAAAUUUUAGCAUGGUUUUGUGAAUAUCAAAAAAGUUAAUUGAGAAAAUGUGUACCUUCUGUGCUGACAAUGAUUGAUAAAGUAUGGACUUUCACAGCUAACCGUGUUGAAGAAAGAUGUGCAGGUUGUUAUAGAUUGUGUUUAUGUAAGCGAUAAAUUUGUCCUUGUAAAAUAUGUCCGGGCGGACCCAUAUUCCUAGUAUAAAAUGUCCAUGGUUACAAAUUUUACUAGUAAAUAUAGUCUGAUGUUAGUUAUUUUUGUCCCCAGACUAAUUUACCUAGGAAAUCAUGUUUAUGUCAUUAUUAUUCCUAGAUAAAGACACCCAUGUCAAUUAUUUUUAAAGGUUAAUUAACAUGGCUUGUGUUGUUUUAAUAUUGUUUUAGAAUUGUGUAUUG